AUGGGAGGGCUACUAUUGCUGCUCUUACUGAGCACGGUGAUGGCCCUGGCGUCUUUCUUCGCCGGCUCGUUACCUCUUGCGAUUUCCUUGACGCAGUCACAGCUUCGAUUUAUCUCCAGCGUUGGCGUUGGUAUUUUGGUCGGCACAUCGAUGAUUGUCAUUAUACCUGAAGGCAUUGAAGCAGUUUCAACUUCUGGCGGUCAUCAUCAUGACAAGAGGAGCUUGACGAAUGUUGUGGGUAAGCAGGGGAGGCUAGGAGUCCGAUGGGCGGCUGGCGGCGACAUACCGCAACUAGCAACCACUGCUGGUCCUGCGGGACCGAGAGACAACCUAGAUUCUGUCGACCUUAUCAACCUAGACGGUGUGAGUCUGCGCGGUCGAGAGGAGUUGGCUCCGGGUGAGCACGGCCAUGAGGAGGCUCCGGGGCACGCCCCGGGGACCGAGCCAAAACACGGAGAAGAGAAGCACGCCGAGGUGCCUACGUUCUACAUCGGUCUUUCCAUGGUCCUUGGGUUCGUCCUCAUGUUUCUUAUUGAUAGGCUUCCUCGCCAUGCGACAGAUCGUAUGCAAACCGAACCGCAAAUGCGGCACGUCAGUUUGGACAACCUUGGCGGCGCAUCUAGUGGCGCCGACGAGGAAUCUGAAGGAUUCUUAGGCUCUCUUGCUCCUCCGCCGAAACAGUCGCGAAGCCUCGCGACUACCAUCGGGCUAGUCAUCCACGCUGCAGCAGACGGAAUCGCCAUGGGAGCAUCGACUUCCACCUCCAACACCCAAUUGGGUUUAAUCAUUUUCGUUGCUAUCAUGGUCCACAAGGCACCGGCCGCGUUUGGCCUGACAUCAGUUCUCCUCAAGCAAGGGUUGUCGAAGCGUGCGGCGCGCGGACACUUGAUCGUCUUCAGCCUUGCUGCCCCUUUCGGUGCUCUCAGUACCUGGGCAAUUAUUCAAAUUCUGGGCGGUGGUAACCUUGAUGGGGAAUCCGGCCAGUGGUGGACUGGCAUGCUCCUGCUAUUCUCGGCAGGAACCUUUCUCUUCGUCGCGAUGCACGCGAUGCAAGAGGAAAACGUCAACCCCAAACAUGAUCAUGGAAGUGCCAACGGUUAUUCAGAAGGAAGUGGUGCCCAAAGAGGACAGCAUCGGCCACAGAUGCGUGAUACCUUUGCAACGGUUGCUGGCAUGCUCCUUCCCCUUCUCACCCAGUUUGGCCAUCAUCACUGA